AGCUGUACAAAAACAGAACGAAAUCAUCCAGAUCCUGGGAUGCAAUGGUGAAAAGCGGCGCUGACACCUCCAACUAUCCGCUGUUCAGCCAGCUGUUUCUGUCUCCAUGGAUUUCGAGGGUAUCUUGGAUCACUACGCGGUACUUGGCCUGGAACAGGGCUGCAGUGCAGCGGAGGUGCGCAAGGCCUUCAGGGCCAAAGCGCUGAAGUGGCACCCAGACAAGGCAGGCAGCUCGGCGGAGGCGCGCAGGCGCUUUCAGGAAGCUACAGAUGCAUAUGAAGUGCUGGGGGAUGAGGAGAAGAGAAAAGCCUAUGAUGGCCAUUUGCAACAAGAAAAACUGGAAAGAGCUGCUGCAGAAAAGGCCGCGGCUGAAAGAGCCCGAGCCACGCAACAAGCACAACAGGGAUAUGCCGGCGCGAAUGUCAAUGCGCCUGCGGGAAAUUUUCCCUUUCCUCAUGCAAGUCAUGGGCAUCCUGGGGCCCAAUCGCACCAUGGGCAGCAUGGGAAUCGUGGGACCUAUGGGACGCCAGGUAGACCAAGCCGCCAACAUUCCAGACCGUUUGAGGAUCCGCGAAGUCGUAUGCCUCAGCCAGAUUUGAGACCGACCGCUGCGGAAGUGCAUGGCUAUGGACGUCAGAAGAUGCCAGACGAUGGGCACCGGAGACGGACAGCUGGAUACAACCCACAUGACAUGCCCAAUGUACCAGACACCAGACCAACUGCAGCUGAAUUGAACCCCCAUGGCUUUGGACAACCCUUCCGUGCCACCAUCUCUGACCUGCAAACAUUGGCCAGCUUCAGACAUGAUGGUGCAAUAUGGAUCCCUAAGGUGAAGGACGUGAAGUGGUGCAGACCCGGUGAUGCUGGGAGGGUACAACUCAGUUUCGUUGCUGACUAUACCUCCUCCCGCAGCCGUGGAGGGGGGUCACGGCUCCUGCAGCUCUUACAGACCUCCAACUGCGAUGCCCUUCAGACGUCCUUUCAAGAACACCUGGACAGAGUGGCUGGUCGCUGCAGCUACCGACAUUUUCGGAUGCAACUGCUGGACCAUCCGGGACGAGGGGAACUGCAGUUUCGCGUGAAACUCUGCUUGGAGGGGGAGACGAGUGACCUUUUGCGCAGCUUUGAUGCUGCCUGGGAAGUGGCACCUUCACAGAAGAUGAAAGACUGCCCCUUAAUGUGAGCUUUGUGAGUUCAACCAUCGGAUCCUCAAGCUCUGAAUAAUUACAUCUGAAUACCAGAAAACUGCCAGAAAUAUAGGAAAUAAUAAUGGUUUCCAGCAAACAAGAGGCAGAUCCUACUUGUUGGAUUUGUUUAUGUAGAUCGUUUGCCAAAGGUAACGACAUGACACUUUGUUGUUUCUUCUCAUCCUCCAGUUGGAGCGUGGGUUGAAGCAUAGCCCUCUCUUGCCCGUCGGAUGUCACACCUGGGCCUGGAGUCAGCUCCUACCCAUGCUAUCAUCAAAGCUUGCAGAGGAAGAAAUUUGAUGCCUCCCUGGCUGAACAGGUG